CCCACACACCGCAACCCAUAAUUUUAUUCUUCCUAUAGUUUUAACCUAGCAAGAGAAGAGCAACAUGGAGUCUCAGGUGAAGAAUGCACAGGUGAUACAAGUCAUUGGGAGGACAGGGUCAAGAGGGCAGGUGACUCAGGUAAGAGUGAUGUUUAUGGAUGAGUCGAAGCGUACUCUUAUGAGGAAUGUCAAGGGACCGGUCAGGGUUGGGGAUGUUCUCACCCUGCUCGAGUCUGAAAGGGAAGCUCGAAGGCUGCGCUGAUUUUCAUUGCCCUCAAACAAUGAAUAUUUCUAGUUAUGGUUAUCUUUUUUGCACUCAUUGCCAUCAUGAUAGUUCAGCAUUAUGCAAUAAGGAUUGUUUUCUGAAGAUUGGUCUUUUUAAAUGGCAUAUGGACAUUAUUUUGCUUGAGAAAUUUCUUAUGAUUCAACUGUUGCAGUUCUUUGGUAUUAGUUACUAUUGUGCCUUUUGCUCUUUUACUUUUUGGAGUAGAGAUUUUUAGAUGCAAAAAUCUCAAAUGAAGUUCCAAGACCGAAUUAUUGAUAUAUCGAUUGAUAUUGUUUAAUAUUAAUUGAUAUAUGAUUGUGUUCGAUAUAAUCUCAGUUGAACUGGGAAUU